AUGAACGACUUUGUGCAGCGAGGAAAAGAAAUCAUCGGAGAAGCCAUUGCAUUGGACCGAGCAAAGAAAUAUGAGCAAGCUCUCGAAAAGUAUGCUCUAGGAGUGAAGCACUUCUUAACUGGAUUGAAAUAUAUAAAAGGAGAACGAACAAAGGAAACCACACGUGGCUAUGCCAAGCAAUAUUUAGAACGAGCGGAACAAAUUAAAAAAUUAUUGAAACAACAAGAACAGCACUCAUCGAAUGCACAAACCUCUCAAUCUUCACCACAAAAAGAAAAUGUAAAAACCAAUAUUGUGAACUCAUCUAAAACCACAAAAAGUUCAACUCCUCCAAAAGUGAAAAAACCCUCUCCAAGAAAACACUUGUAUUCAAAACCUGUGUUGCCAAAUAGUGCAAAGAAAAGAACCAUCGAUCAAGCUUCACAACAGAAAUCAGAACAACAAGAAUUGGAAGCUUCAAUUAAGAAUUCUAUAGUAAGGGAGAAACCUAAUAUUUCAUGGGAUGAAAUUGUUGGAAUGGAUGGUCCAAAAACCAUUGUCAAUGAAGCAAUUAUAUUACCAAAACGUUUUCCUCAAUUAUUCACAGAGGAAAGAAAACCAAUUCGAACCAUCUUGUUAUAUGGACCUCCGGGUACAGGUAAAUCCAUGUUUGUGAAAUGUGCAGCAAGUAAUAUUGAUGCAACAUUUUUCUCAGUGAGCUCCAGUGAUAUUGUUUCAAAGUUCAUGGGAGAAUCUGAAAAGCUUGUAAAGACUCUCUUUGAAGAGGCUAAGAAAUCUCAACCAGCAGUAGUAUUUAUUGAUGAAAUUGAUGCAGUAGGUUCUAGUAGAGAUGGUUUUUCUGGUAGCAGCAGUAGCAGCUCUGAAAGCAUGAACAGACUGAAAACUGAGUUAUUAUUGAAAAUGCAAGAAAUUUUGGAUAUGGAUAAUCAUUCUGAUGGAGUUGUAGUUAUUGCUGCUACGAAUAGACCUUUUGAUCUUGAUCCUGCUCUGAGAAGAAGAUUCCAAAAGCGAAUUUACAUUCCACUUCCUGCAGAGAACGAACGAAAGAGUUUAUUCAGAAUUAAUCUUGAAGGUGUUGAGUCAGAUGUAACACUGCAAGAUUUGGAACAAUUCGCAAAGGCAACAAGUAAUUAUUCAGGAUCUGACAUUUCCGUAGUUGUCCGUGAUGCCUUAAUGAAACCAUUAAGAGAGGCCAUGAAAUCUGAGUACUUUAGAUGGACCAAAGAAGGAACCAUAGAGCCAUGUUCAGCUACGGAUGUUGGAGCUAAGAAAAUGAAUUUAUUGGAUAUUCAAGAAACAGAAAAACUCAGAAUUGCAAAAGUUACUGCCCAAGAUGUAUUUGAUUCCAUAGCAUCCAUCAAACCAUCCACCAACCCCAAUGAACUUUCUCACUUUGUAAAAUUCACACAAGACUAUGGAGAGUCAGAUUUUGAUCUAUCGAAUGAUACAGACAAUUCGGCAACACCCUCCGCUGCUACACCUUCCUCUUCAUCAUUGAUGGAUAGAACGAGUACCAAACGAAGAAAGCAAGACGAUGAUGAUGACAUUGAAUGA